AUGCCAGUUAGUCUGGGAAGCGUAGUUGCUAAUGAAAUCAAAUUAGUUAAAUUUAUUGAAAGGAAACGUAGUAUUAUGACAGAAAACAAAGAUUUAAAAUACAUUCAACAAUUAAAAAAUCAACCAUAUAUUUCCGAAACCAGAACGGAAUAUGUGCUUAACCAAGAGCAACCAUCUCAAGAACAAAAUAAACCAAAAUCUACUGCUGAAACA